UCACGUCCAAUAUGGUGGACGAAGCGUACAAAUUGGGCUUUUCACAUUUCCUUUGAAUCUUGCAGUAUUUGCUCCUAAUGUCAUAAAAAAAUCUUUAUUUUUUAACUUUUAAGUGGUGGAAAAGACUUCAGUCGUCACUUCUACAGUACAUGAGGACAGGAAUUGUAAUUCAACAUCGUAAUUUUCGCAUUUUUAAAAGACAUUUUAGACUUCUUCGUCAGAGCUACAGUAGUUCAAGGAGCAUGUCCAGCUGCGGAGAGAUAGUUGAUCCCUCUAUCAUUGCAGUUUGUCAAUUGGCUUGCAAGAAUGAUGUUACGGAAAAUUUCARGACAUGCAAGGAACUGGUCGAGAAAGCUAAAGCAAGGCGUGCCAAGAUGGUAUUCCUACCAGAAGGCUAUGAUUAUUUAGCUGAGAAUAAAGAACAGUCACUAAGCAUGGCUGAAAGUAUUGAUGGGCCAAGAAUGAUGGACAUGUGUCAAUUAGCAAAGGAAAAUGACAUAUGGUUAUCACUAGGUGGAUUUCACAAUAGAAAGGACACUUCCACUGACAACAGAAUAUCCAACACUCACGUGAUUGUCGAUAACAAUGGAUGCAUUGUACAAACCUAUGAUAAAGUUCACUUAUUUGAUGUCAAUAUAAAGGAUGGUCCCUGCCUUAAGGAAAGUGAUUUUGCUGCACCAGGGGCUUGUAUAUCACCUCCUGUCCCUACCCCUGUGGGGAAAGUUGGAWUGGCAAUAUGCUAUGAUCUUCGUUUUCCAGAAAUAGCGUUGUCUCUAGCUAAACAAGGCGCUGAAAUCAUAACCUUCCCAUCAGCCUUCACUUUCACUACUGGAGCUGCACACUGGGAGAUUCUUUUACGCAGUCGCGCAAUCGAAACACAAACAUAUGUCGUAGCGGCAGCACAGACGGGACAGAAUACAAGUAAACGAAAAUCAUAUGGACACUCGAUGAUAAUCGAUCCAUGGGGUACUGUAAUUGCUCAAUGUCAGGARGGGACUGGUUUAUGUACUGCAGAGAUCGAUUUAAAGUACUUGAAUCAAAUUCGUCUUCAGAUGCCUGUAUGGUCGCAUCGUCGGGCGGAUCUCUAUGGAGAUCUUUCGCCAAAACUUUAAUUAGGGAUUUUAAGAGCGUUCGUAUCACGUGAGUAAUGGAAUGGUGACGAGGGACGCCAUUUUUAACAAAGCAUGAUGGGAGAUCUAUUCUGCGCAUGUUUUGCUUUCCUUUAAAGACGUCCAUUUUGUUUUUUGUUUGUUUUUUUUUUCUUUGCAAAAUCCGUAAAAAUAUUCACCUUUUUGCAAUGAAAUUACAAUUUAUUUUGAUUAGGGAAUGGGAAUAUUGAUAGCUAGUCCGUGUACUAUAAAUUUCGCUAAAAUAAAUAUAAUGAAGCGUUUUAUGGGAUUACGUAGGUAUUCGCAAAAAUUGUUAGAAUGCUGAUCAAUGAGAAUCGAUACGACGAUAAAGAAGUAAGUAAUAUCAAACACUGAGUAUUAAGUCAUCAUGAAUAGAGUUUUAAGGUUUUGUUAAAUUCCAUACAUUUCUCGGGAUUCAUUUGUCUUUUCUGCCUAUUUUAUAUAAUUCCACGAUUUUGAGAGUGUAAAAAAUAUGGAUUUACAGUCAACUCUCGCUAUUACGGACACCCUCGGGACCGUAAUUUAGUAUCCGCAGUAGCGAGAGUCCGUAGUAACGAGAGUUACUUUUAGUCAUUUCUUUGUCGUUUUCGCCAGGGAUUCAGUAUUUUACUGUCCGCAAUAUCGAGGUGUCCGUUGUAGCGGGGUGUCCGUAAGGCGAGAGUUGUCUGUAACUGUAAAAUAACAUAAAUUAUACACCGUAAAAACUACGAGAAAUAAAUAGAGUUACUGAAGUUUCGCAUGUUAAUCCUUCGCCGAGGUGAAAAGAGGAAAUGUAAUUUAAUUUUUAUUAAUUCAAAGCAAAUUUUGAUAAAAGAAUCCAGCCAAACACAGUGAUAAGAAUAAAAUUUGUUAAAAAGGCA